GCGGGGGAGACGCAGCCGCGCCGCCGGAGGAGUCGCUCGCCCAGCCGGGGAGGCAGCGCGCCGGAGCCGACCUUGGAGGCGAGCCGGCCGGAGCAGCCCAGACGCAGCCGAGCGAGUCGCGUCCCGCCGCCGCCGCCGCCGCCCGGAGGAGCCCCCCUGCCCGCCCCGCCCCGCCCCAUGGGCGCGCCGCGGAGCCCCUGCGCCUUGGGCAGCCUCCUCUGCUGCUGCCUGCUCUCCGUCGUGCUUGCCCAGAGGGUGAACGUUCAGGAUGAGGUCACGGGCUACGUGGGGCAGGAAGUCACCCUGCCAUGCACCUUCACAAACGCCAGUCCUGAUGUCAAGGUCAGCCAAGUCACCUGGGUGAAGGAGACGGGGACGAAGAAGCAGAACGUGGCUGUGUACCACCCAGUCCAUGGACCCAGCUACCUAAUUGAGAAAGGCACUGGGAGGAUACGCUUCCGUGCUCCGUCCCUGCAGGAUGCCACCCUGGUCAUUGCGCCCCUCCACAUGAGCGAUGAGGGCAUCUACACCUGUGAAUUUGCCACGUACCCCUUGGGCAAUGAAGAUGGCGUCACCAGCCUCACAAUACUGGCCAAGCCCACCAACUUUGCUGAGGCUCUGGAAGUGAAAGCUGGGAACACGGAGGUGCCUGUGGCUGCCUGCACCUCAGCCAAUGGGAAGCCAGCCGCGCACAUCACAUGGCAGUCGGGGCUGAACGGCAACUUCACCGUUUCCGAGGUGACCAACACGAACGGCACUGUGACCGUCACCAGCCACUACGUAAUGGUGCCCACCAAGGAAGCCAACGAGCAGCGCAUCUUCUGCCACAUUGAUCAAAAGACCCUGGUGCAGCCGGAAGCCCUCCUGGUCACACUGUCCAUAUUAUAUCCCCCUGAAGUUGUUAUUCAUGGCUACGACAACAACUGGUAUUUAAACCGCGAUGAUGCCGUCCUGACGUGCAGUGCCACGGGGAACCCUCCGCCCACUGACUUCAGUUGGACCACGCCGAGCGGUCAACUUCCCAAUACUGUGGCCGUCAAGGGGGAGAGGCUUGUGGUCCGAAACGUGGAUGCCUCCGUGAACACCACUUUUAUCUGCCACGCCACCAAUAGAGUCGGGAGGGUCUCGUCUGAGCAAGUCAUCUUUGUUCGAGAUAAGCCCAACACGGAAGGGGCGGGCACCACAGGGGGCAUCAUCGGAGGCCUAAUUGCGGCUAUUGUGGCGCUGGCAGUGGUGGCCACCGGCAUACUGAUCUGCCGGCAGCAGCGAAACAACCGGAGGGAAGAGGAAGAGGAAGAUCUGGAAGGGCCCCCAGCCUACAAACCCCCUCCGCCCAGCCAGAUGACUGAGGAAAGGGAGCCGGUUCCCACCCCCCCUGAGGCUGACAGCAUCCCACUCAAAACUCCCUAUUUUGAAUCCAGUGCCACAGAUGAUCUCUUUGGAGGGGUUAUCACCGCCACCAGAACGGAGGACGCCCCUCGAUACCACGAGCUGCCGACCAUGGAGGAGCGAGAAGCCGUCAGCAACGCCGCCCCCAGCCCGGAGGAUGGAUAUCUGGAUCAGGUCAACCCCAUCUACGACGCGCUCGCCUUCGCUGCCACCGAGGAAGAGGCCGCCUCGGCAGCCCUGGCAACUGACAAGGCGUUUAUUAUGUCCAGAGCAAUGUACGUGUGAGCCUGGACGCCGCGCUCAGAGGGACGUAUGCUGCUGCCGGUGGACACUCCUGCGUCUGUCUCAGAGAGAUGCUGCUGCUGUUUUAACACCACAACCGAGUGAGGUGCCUUGCUCGGUAUCCUUGCAGUCUUGGGUUUCACGCGUGCCUUAGAUGGACAUAAACUGACCUUGUUUGAAACAGCUCCUCUUAACUCUCUCUCCUCCUUCCCCAGCCAGGCCAGAACUAGGGGCCCUCUUCCCUUUCCCGAAGCAUGCCCCCCAAAGUUUGGAUUGCACAUUCUGGAUCUUUCGAAUUGCACGUAGUGUCCACGGCAGCUUCCGUUUCCUAUCUCUCCUAAGUCCCGUAGGUUGUCCUUCCUACGGGGGCGGAUUACGGCAUUGUUUUCUCCCUGACAACUAGCUACCUGUCUGCAAAGAGUUUUUCAGGUGGGCGGGUAGUCGUUUCUGAGGGUGGAGUUGCAUACUGCAUCUCUGCUCACCUGUUCUCCCACUUCCCUUACACACCCAGCAUUUCAGCUAGCAGACACCUGAACAGUAUUCAGCUUAAUAUUCCCCCCCAGUGGCAUGCAGGCAUCCAGACGAAAACCACAUUGUGUAGAUGAACCCUCGGGGUUGCUUCGGAUUGAGUCCUAUGUUUCAGAAGGGGGGGGGCGGUCAUUAGGGGUGGGUAAGUUGCCAAAACACGCCCACCCCCAAUUUCCUUGUAGUUCUGGCUAGGGUUGCCAACUCCUUGGGAAAUUCCUGGAGAGUUGAAGUUGAUGCCUGGCAAAAAGAGGAAGCUGAACAGGAAUGUUAUGUUACUCUAGGAGUUCUAUUCCUCCUGGGCUUUUGGUGAUACCAUAGAGUCCAUUCUCCAAACCUGCCAUUUCCUCUAGGGGACCUGAUCUCUGUAGUCUGGAGAAUCAAGUGUAAUUCUGGGAGAACUCCAGGCCUUCAUUGGAUGUUGGUAACCCUAGUUCUGGCCCAGGCUCCGGUUAUAUAACUUGAAUUUUAAAUCUGUACCCCAGAGCUUCGCCACCAGCCAGUUGUGGUCUGGGUCUCUGGGUUUCUGAUCCGAAAAUGUGAAUGUGUGUUAAAACACUUGUUACGAAAUGACGUACUCUAAAGCAAAUCACGCGUCAUGAUGAUUUUUACUAGCUGCUCUCAUUUCAGCCAAUCCUACUAACUUCCUGAAUUUCAGGGUCUGGGAGAGGGACUGAUUGACACACUCACAAACCCACAGUGCCUUUUCCUCACUGCCUGCCCAUGUCAUUGACUGUCACUGCUAAGUGGAUGGGUUUCAAUGGGGACACAGUGGGUAGUUUUUUUAAAAAAAGCAUUUUUAUUGAUGUUUCUUACAAAUAAAUGUUUUUAAAGCCA